CCCCGCCCUCCCCCGUUUGCUUUCCCUCCCCCCUGCUAUGUCCUCGGCCCAGGCGGAAGCCGCGCCCGCUUCGCCUAGUCGCAUCGGCCCGCCGACGUCCCCACUGGUGGCCGACUUCCCGGACGCCGCUCCGCACCUGGGGAAGAUCUCCCUGCCACCGCUGACCAGGGAUCGCCCCGCGGCGACCGACGCGGCUGACGACAUGGGCGGCACCCUGUCGCCGACUGGCGCGCCGUCGCAACUCCGCCGGCCCAGCUCGGCCGUGGCCUUCCAGCUGGCCACCGACCGCUUUGACUCCAGCGAGUCGUCCUCGCUGUCCGGCGGGGCACACGCCUCGUCCAGCAGCCCGGCCCUGACACCGGACCUCCGUGGCGGCCCGGACGGGCAACCCGCCGGCUCGCAGGUGGCCUCCCCGGGCGUGCCCCCGGCCGGGGAGCCGCUCCCGCCAGCCGGCGGCUUCACCUUCAAGCCCGGCGCCAUGUCGGCGGCCGGGAGACCCUCCGCCGACCUGGAGGCCGCCGAGGGCGGCCCCUUCCCCGGGGCCACGGCCGGUGUCAUUGGCGUCGGCGAGGUUGGCGAGGCGGACACCGGCUCCCCGGACCUGGCCUCGCACUACCUCAGCUGGACGCCCGCGCAGAAGCGCCUGGUGGUCGGGGUGGCCGCCGUCACGGCCCUCCUCCAGCCGCUGGCCAUCAACAUCUACACGCCGGCUCUGCCGAUCAUUGUCAAUGACUUUGACACCACCCUGGAAAUGGCCAUGAUCACCAUUUCGGCCUUCAUGGCUGGCAUGGCCAUCUGCCCGCUCUUCUGGGGCCCGGCCUCCGACUACUUCGGCCGGCGCCUGAUUAGCAUCAUCUCUGUGGGCUUGUACUUUUCCACGGCCGUCCUUUGCGGCCUCGCCUGGAACAUUGAGACGCUCAUUGCCUUCCGUGUCAUUCAGGCGGCCGGCUCUUCGGCCCUGAUGACCAUCGGCGCAUCGCUCAUCGCCGACACCCAUGCCCCUGACCAGCGCGGCAAGGCCAUGUCCAUCUACGUGGCCGGGCCGCUGAUCGGGCCCCUGCUCGGGGCCUUCCUCGGGGGGCUGCUCUCGCGGCACCUCGGCUGGCGCAGUGUCUUCUGGUUCCUGGCCGCCAUGUCGGUGCUGGCCCUGGUGCCGAUUGUGCUGUGGCUGCCGGAGACCGUGGCCCCGGAAAACCGGCCCAAGUCCUUCCCCCGGCCGUGGUCCUCGUUUGUGCACCUGCGCACGCCGUCGGUCCUGAGCCUGCUCAUCUCGGCGGCCUUCAGCUAUGGCAGCUACUAUGUCAUCAUCGUGUCAUUCCCGGUGGUGCUCUUCGUCAACUACGACUUCGAUCCCUUCCUGAUCGGGCUCAGCAUGCUGGCCAUCGGCUUCGGCACGGUCAUCGGCGCGGUGACCGGCGGCCGGGCCACCGACGUGGCCUCGCGCGGUGGCAAGCCCGUGUCCUUCCUGCUGGUCCCCAGCAUCAUCGGCGGGCUGGUGUCCCUCCCGUCGACCAUCGGCAUCGGCUGGACCUUCGCCGUGACCGGCCCCGUGGCUGUGGUCAUCAUCCUGUCCAUCUUUGCCGGGUUUGCCUUCACCUUCCCCCGGACGUCGGCCCUCAACUAUGCCAUCGAGAAGGCCUCCCGGUCGGCCGGCGGCCAGAAUGUCAACGGCGCCAUCGCCGGCCUGGCCAACAGCUCCUCCUAUGCCUGUGGCGCUCUCGUGUCGCAGUUUGCCUUCCCCCUGGCCGGCACCUUCCCCACGCAGAAGAUCGGCUUCGGCGUGGUCAUCAGCAUGAUCGCCCUCAUCACCUUCCUGGCCCAGGUGCCUUUGGUGUUCUACUCGUUCGCCGAUCUCCGGGCCUACUGGAAUGCCUCCGGCCGUGCGGCAUACAGCCUGGAGCUCAGUCAAAUGGGCGACGCGGCUGACAGCCGCGGCGAGCUGGGUGCCCCGGGCGCCGCUCGGGCCCAGACGCCGCGCGACGCCUUCGGCGGCCAGGCCGAUCAGUUCGGCCAGUUCGCCCUGGACCACGACGAUGCCGAUGACGACGACGAGGAUGACUACAUCUUCGGCGUGGUCGAUGAGCUGUCCAACGACUACCUUUGAGAGAGAGAGAGAAAGGCGCCGCAUCGCACUGGGGGGUGCCGCCCCGCCCCGUCCCCCGUGCAGGCGGCCUCGCCUCUGGCCCGGCCCCCGGCCGGCAUGUCCCUCCCCUCCCUUGUUCCUCAUCCCCCCCCCCCUCCUCUUCAUACACACAGGUAACACUCGCUGGCCUAUAUAUAUACACGCACACGCGCGCCCCC